GGUUGCUAUCAGUAAAACAAAAUAAAUCAUCUGCCCGAUGGGACAACCACAGAACAGGCUCAAUUUGCGCACAUCCACAAUAACUUGAACAACGCGUUAGGAGUUAAACUGUAAGCCAAUAGUUAAGCUUCUCCAAGAGUGCAAAAACAACAAAGUCAAGGUAAUAAAAGAGAUAGAGGCGUCAAGUUCUGCUCUAAAGCGUCACAUAACGAGCUUUAACGCUCAUAUUCGACAUGGAAAUGGAAACCAUAUCAACAUUCGCUAAGAAACUUUGGUGUGUCAAGAAACAACUUAUUCUUUUCCUCACUCCACUUAUUCUUCUCCCGUUACUUUUUGGGCUACCGGAAAAGGAGGGGAAAUGUCUGUACGUGGUGCUUCUAAUGGCUGUGUUCUGGUGCACAGAGACACUUCCCUUAGCUGUCACUGCCAUGCUACCUGUUUGCCUCUUUCCAACCAUGGGAAUUCUUCCAUCCAAAAAAGUCUGCCCUCAGUACUUCCUCGAUACCAAUUUUCUCUUUCUCAGUGGUCUUGUUAUGGCAUCAGCUAUUGAGGAAUGGGGUCUGCAUCGCAGAAUAGCUCUGAAAGUUCUUAAGAUUGUUGGAGUCAAACCAGCCUGGUUGAUUUUGGGAAUGAUGAUCACCUCUGCCUUCCUGUCCAUGUGGCUCAGUAACACCGCAACAACGGCCAUGAUGCUUCCCAUUGCUAACGCCAUCCUGGAGAGUCUCUUUGGAGACCUGGCCACUCUGAAGGAAAACUGUAAGGUGAAAGACGAGACAGAGGGUCAAGCACGAGUAAAGCUGCAUGCACUGCCCUCUGAAAAACAGAUAUUGGCUAUAGACGGACCUGAUCGGAUGGAGCGUUCAGAUGGGAGUACUGCAGAGGAGAUCAGGACAGAGUCAGAGUACCAGAUGAAGGUGUGGAAAGGCUUCCUGAUAUGUAUCCCGUACGCUGCCAGUAUCGGAGGGACUGCCACCCUGACAGGCACUGCACCAAACCUCAUCCUCAUUGGACAACUUAAGAGUUACUUCCCCGAGUGCGACUUGAUCAAUUUUGGCUCUUGGUUUGCAUUCGCAUUUCCUCUCAUGGUGUUCUUCCUCAUCUUGGGAUGGCUAUGGAUUUCUUUCCUCUACGGGGGCUUGAAUACACGGUUGUGUGUGAAGAAACAGGACGAAAGAGCACAAGCAGAGGCGAAGGCUGAGGCCGUGAUUGAUGAAGACUACAGAAAACUAGGCCCCAUAAAUUUUGCAGAAGGAGCCAUCGCAUUCUUUUUCAUUUUGUUUGCCGUUCUCCUGUUUACAAGAGAUCCUAAAUUUGUAACUGGAUGGUCAACGUUUUUCAACAAAGGGUAUGUCUCAGAUGCGACCACUGGAGUGAUCAUUGUGUCAAUCCUAUUCUUCUUCCCUUCCCAAAAGCCCUCUCUUAGCUGGUGGUUUGAUUCUCAAGCACCAAAUACUCCAUAUGUUCCUCUCCUAUCAUGGAAGAAAGCACAGGAAUGUGUCCCAUGGAAUAUCAUUCUGUUGCUGGGUGGAGGCUUUGCCAUGGCCAAGGGAUGUGAGGAGUCAGGACUGGCGGCGUGGAUAGGAGCCUACCUCCAGCCUAUUGCCCAGGUCCCCCCUGCUGUGGCCGUCAUGUUCAUCACAGCUUUCCUGGCCUGCUUCACAGAGUUCGCCAGCAAUACCGCCACCAUUAUCAUAUUCCUGCCCGUCAUUGCUGAACUGGCUAUGUUUGUCAAGGUGAAUCCUCUUUACUUCAUGAUACCUGCGACAACAGGAUGUUCAUUUGCCUUCAUGUUGCCAGUCUCCACCCCUCCCAACUCCAUUGCCUUUGCAUCUGGCCAUCUUUUGGUGAAGGACAUGGUGAAAACGGGCUUUGUGAUGAACAUUUUGGGCAUUUUAUCAGUUUCUCUGGCCAUGAACACUUGGGGUCGUGCCAUGUUCAGUUUGGAGACUUAUCCAGACUGGGCUCGUCCAGUCAACAUGUCCAGUACUGUCACAGAUAUACAGUUCCCCCCCAUCCCACCUUUCAACCUUACUAGUUUGUGAUACACUGCAUACCGUAGAUCUGAAGCUUAUCCAAUACAAAGUAUUACACGGUAUUAUAUAGUAAAUACUUGAGCAGCAUUUCUGAAUAUGUACAAAAGUCAACUAUAGAUUUGGGGAGCAUUAGCUGUUACUUUAAGUUAUUUAGCCUAUGGUGUGAUGGCUAUACCAUGUUGCUAAUGUACUGUACACUUCUAGAUUUUGCCAUUUGCCUACUGUAUACUAUAUGAGUUUAGAUUUUUUUUGUUCAGGCUCUCAUUGUGCUCUACUUCCUCUGUCGUGUAGAUUAUACUAAGUUCUAUCAGCUAAUUUUCUUGCUUGUCACAUGCCACGAACCCCUGGUCUCCCAGAUGUGUCCAAUGUUAUGUCCUGGUUUGUUUUAGGUCCCCAUGCCAAGUUUCCAUUUGAAGUUAAUUUGUUUGUGCAGGGCAGGGGGUGACAGAAUAGACAGUGGUUGGUCUGUCUGUUGUUACAUUCUCUUCCACAGUUAUACAACAAGUCGUGUCGGACACCGUUUUUGUCCAGACACCGGUGAUGUCUGUGUCAUCAUUCUGUCGCUAUGCUUGCUGAAAUGACUUGCAUCUUAGUGACCUCUGCUGGUCAGUGUGCCACUUUGCGAGUGCCUGUCUCAUUCGUCACUGUAACAUUCCCUAGAUAGUGUUUGUGAGGAUAAUCCUUAUUGAUUAGGGUGUUAGCAGUCUGCUUGAUGAUAAUAGACCCAAUCCAUUUCAUCACACUGAACGCUCAUUCUCCAAGUCCGCCACCUACUAGUAAAUCACACUUGAACUCGAUCCCCCAUUGAUCUUUAGUUGUAUAAUCUGUGACUGUCUUGACGCACAACAGGAGUUUGUGAAUUAUUCAUGAAAAAUACUUACCUAGCCCAUGGGGUCACUGGCUGCACAUGUUUUAACACAUUCUAAGUUACACACAGAAGGUCAUUUUAACUUUUCAUCAUGUCUUUAAAAUCCAGAAAUCAUGAUUUUCUGAUCUUAUUUCAUUUGAAGUAAUCAUUAGAAAUGUGGUACGUGGAAAUCUAAUUAACAAUUUUCUACCAUAGUUUGUAUUUUGUGUAGUACGUUUAGGUUUAUCAAUGCACAUUUUGUAGCUUUGUUAUUUUCUUCAUACUGCUGUUGUACCAAA